GCAUAGUAGUUCUCGCUCACCACACUACAACUCAAGGAAGAAGAAGAAGAAGAAGAAAGAGGGAGAGAGAUGGCCUCCUCAAUGCUCUCCUCGGCCACUGUCGCCGCCGUUAAGAGCACCACCCCGGCUCAGGCCACCAUGGUGGCUCCGUUCGCCGGCCUCAAGUCCGCCACGGCCUUCCCAGUCACCCGCAAGAGCAAUGACAUCACCUCUCUCCCCAGCAAUGGUGGAAGAGUGCAAUGCAUGCAGGUGUGGCCACCAACUGGGAAGAAGAAGUUCGAGACGCUGUCCUACCUUCCUACUCUGUCUCCCGCACAGUUGGCGAGGGAAGUCGACUACCUGCUCCGCAUGGGCUGGGUUCCUUGCUUGGAAUUCGAGUUGGAGAAGGGUUUCGUUUACCGCGAGCACCACCACUCCCCGGGGUACUAUGAUGGCAGGUACUGGACCAUGUGGAAGCUGCCCAUGUUCGGGUGCACUGACUCGUCCCAGGUGUUGAAGGAGCUCGAGGAGGUCAAGAAGGCUUACCCCAAUGCUUUCGUCAGAAUCAUCGGCUUCGACAACAAGCGUCAAGUGCAGUGCAUCAGUUUCAUCGCCUCCAAGCCCAAGGGAUUCUAAGCAAGUUAUGUCAUGGUGGAUCGUCGGGUUACCUCGAAGCGGCAUCGUUCCAAACCUUUCAAUUGUAGCUAGAUGUCGAAUGAUCCAUUUUUCCCUUUUUACCCAAGUGCUGUGAUAUUUCGUUUGCUUUUGAGUUUGCUGAUGCGUUGGAUUAAGAACUGAUUUAUGAAUGACUUUAGUUGCUUGCUUA